CAGAGGCGUGUGUGUGACACAGACAGAGACAGCAAUAUUUCGCCAUCGCUCAGCUCAGCGUCAGUUGUGGACGAUAAAUGGGGAAUGUGUGUGUGACGGUGUGAUGUGUCGGCCGAUGUGCGCCGCGACGUUUGUGCCGCAGUAGCGCAGCAGGAAGCGGCUCAGAGGGGCUUAAAACAUCACAUGUAGGACCACGGAGGGGCCUGUGAGAGUCCCGUACCCUGGGUUUUACCUCUCAGGACUGGGAGAGUUGAAGAAGGGUCAAUGGAGGAGCUGGAGCCAGAGGAGCAGUUCCUGCAGUUCGCCCGCAAUGGAGAUCUGCAGGGCAUUCAGAGGCUCCUCAUGUCCACGAUAAAGGAAGAGACACAGAUCAACAUAAACUGCAAAGGUAAGAGAAAGUCCAAUCUGGGAUGGACGCCUCUUCACCUGGCCUGUUACUUUGGACACAAAGAUGUGGUGGAGGAGUUACUGAAGGCGGGUGCAGAUGUUAACUUGCCCAACAAUGUGGGAGAUACACCGCUGCACAAAGCUGCCUUCACAGGAAGAAAGGAGGUUGUCAUGCUGCUGCUGCACUAUGAUGCAUGUGCUACUGUCAUCAAUGGGACAGCACAGAUACCCAAAGAUGUCACUCAGAAUGCAGAGAUCAGAAGCAUGUUAGAAGCGGCUGAGAGAACAGAGGAGAGGAAACUGGAGGAGGAACUUUUGGAAGCUGCACGAGAAGGAGACCUUUCAUCUCUAACUCAGCUGCUCAGCAGGAAGAAGACCCCAGACAUCAACUGCACAGAUCUGCUGGGCAACACUCCGCUGCACUCUGCAGCCUAUCGAGGCCAGAAGCAGUGUGCCCUGAAGCUACUUAGAAGUGGAGCCAGCCCCAACAUUAAGAACAAGAAAGGCCAGACGGCGUUUGACCUGGCGAGUGAUACAGCAAUGAAGCAGGUCCUUGAAGGCAGCGUUCAUCGAGGUAUGACCCGCCAUGUCAGGAAGUAUGAGGGACUCCUCUGGAAGAGCUCCAGAUUUUUCGGCUGGGGCUCCCACUGGGUCGUCCUCCAGGAUGGGGUUUUGUCCUGGUACUCAAAACAGUCAGAUGCAGCUGCCAAUGUCAGGAGGCAAGGCUGUAAGUCCCUCACACAUGCUCAGUGUUUGAUCCGAGCCAAAGACAGCUGCUUUUUUACCCUCAAGUGCUUCGAUGACAGCGUGCACCACUUCAAAGUAUCAACUAAGAACGACCCGGAGGCAGCGAGAAAAGCUUGGCUGGACGCUCUGGAGGAGCACUCGGCUUACAGCACACACUACUGCUCCCAAGAGCAGGGCAGCGAGGAGGAGGAAGAGGAGGAAGUGAUGUCACUCGGGGCGCUAACAGACUCACUACAGGCAGCAGAGACCAGUCAGAGGAAACUGGAAAAAGAAGUGGAAGCUUUGCUCAGCAUGCUGAAAAAUGACGGGCUGGCAGAAAGGUUUCCAUCUGCCAUACCGCAGAAAUUGCAAGAAAUCUGUGAGUUGUCCAGCGAGACCAGCUCCAGUCUCAGUGUGUGUCUCAGCCUCCUCUCCAAACAGGAAGGGGUGCGCACUCUGAAAUUGGAGCAGGAGGUAGAGAAGAAUAAGAUCCUCUCUGAAGCGCUGCAGACUCUCGCCACGGAGCACCACGAACUUGAGCAAUCUGUCGUCAAGGGAUCUUCACCGCGGAGUGCCCUCAGCGAGGAUGAGUUCCACGACGCCGUGUCUGAUUCGGACUCUGAGGUCUCCCUGAGCGGCUUUGAGACGGUGGCCAGCCAUUCCUUUGACGAGGACGAGGAGGAGGACGAAGGCUCUGUCAUGUUAAGCAGCCCUUGCGGCAGCCCCACCAGCAUGCUGCAGGAGGAUCACCAUGGCGACAAGGACGAGACUCAACCCAACGGGAUCACAAAGCAUAGGACCAGCUUACCUGCUCCAAUGUUUUCAAGAAAUGACUUCAGUAUUUGGAGCAUCCUGAGGAACUGCAUUGGAAUGGAACUCUCCAAAAUUACAAUGCCGGUGAUUUUCAACGAACCGCUCAGCUUCUUGCAGCGUCUGACGGAGUACAUGGAGCACACUUACCUUAUCCACCAGGCUAACACCUCCUCCGACUCCAUUGAGAGGAUGAAGUGUGUGGCUGCAUUUGCAGUGUCCGCUGUGGCCUCCCAGUGGGAGCGGACAGGUAAACCCUUUAACCCGCUGCUGGGAGAAACCUACGAACUGGUCAGAGAGGAUCUGGGGUUCAGGCUCAUAUCGGAGCAGGUGAGCCACCACCCUCCAGUCAGCGCCUUCCAUGCUGAAGGCCUGAAGCAAGACUUUGUUUUUCAUGGAUCCAUCUACCCCAAACUCAAGUUCUGGGGCAAGAGUGUGGAAGCAGAGCCGAAAGGCAUCAUCACGCUGGAGCUGCCCAAGCACAAUGAAGCCUACACAUGGACAAAUCCUACAUGUUGUGUUCACAACAUCAUUGUGGGUCAGCUGUGGAUCGAGCAGUAUGGAAAUGUGGAGGUGAUCAACCACAAAACUGGUGAAAGAUGCUACCUGAAUUUCAUACCAUGUGGCCUUUUUGGCAAAGAACUGCACAAGGUUGAAGGGUAUAUUCUGGAUAAAAGCAAAAAGAAGCUGUGUGCUCUCUACGGGAAGUGGACAGAGUGCCUGUAUGUUGUCGACCCUGCUGCCUUCGAAGCACACAAGAAAAACGACAAGAAAGGAGCAGCAGAGAAAAAAGGCAGCAAAGCGAGCUGCAGUGAGGAUCAGGAGGAGGUUCCCUCUCCAGCUGCAGACACUGUGGAGAUGAUUCCUGGCAGCCAGCUGCUGUGGAGAAUCGCACCCAGGCCGGCCAACUCUGCAGAGAUGUACAGCUUCACGUCCUUUGCGAUGCAACUAAACGAGCUGCAUAAGGACAUGGAGGGACUCAUUCCUCAGACUGACUGCAGGCUGAGGCCAGACAUACGAGCCAUGGAGAAUGGUGACAUUGACCUCGCCAGUGAGGAGAAGAAAAGACUGGAGGAAAAACAGAGAGCUGCUCGCAAAAACCGCUCCAAAAAUGAUGAAGAGUGGAAGACGAGGAGUCCUGCCCUGGGCCCAAGGUGGUUUCAGCAGGGACAAAACCCUCACACCAACGCCCAGGACUGGCUCCUCUCUGGUAGAUACUGGGACAGGAAAUACAGUCAGCUGCCAGACAUUUACUAACGGACGUUUCCUGCAGAGAGAAACUAACACCAAACAGUGUCCUUCACACGGAGCAGCAUUAACUGUCUUUCUUUUUUAAAUGGAGUAGCUACAGUGACUACAAACAUUAUGCAAACCUAAACUGCGUGGCCUUAUUCUACUCUAUGACGGUAAAACUGUGCAUAAAAAUGUCAAUAAUCAAUAUUGAAAAAUUCUGAAAUAUAAAGUUGUUUGCUUUGAAAUGUAGCAUUUGUAUUUACAUUGAGGUUGUUUCUGUUCUAAUGGACUUGUAGCACACUUUGCUAAAAGUUCAUGAUUUUACUGACCACCUGUCUUAUUUUAAAUGUUCAUAAUAGUGUUUUGACUCUAAAUGUAUAUCUGUGUACAUACUUUACACAAAUCCAACCACCAGUGACCUCAUCGUGUCGUUCACAUUCCCUCUGGGCUCCCGACUCACUAAAUCACAAGCAUGUAUUUGUUUUAUUUUGCCUUGUAAAAAAAAUGAGGCUCAAAAAACAUACUCAGAGAAAAACAUAUUUUCUAUACCAAUAUUACACCUGUUUUGUUUUGUCCGCUGAAUUCUGUGUCUGCUGUGCUCACUACUUUAUAAAGCACACGUCAGAACUGAGCUCUGUGAAAAGGUUUAUUAAUAUUUUUGUGAAAAUCAAAAAUGUGUGUAUCAUACAACCUCUGAGAGUAAAGUUGUCAUGACCCUGAA